AAAAAUAAUAAUACUUCUCCCCGCCUCACUAAAUAAUAUGACCAUUUUAAUAUAGCCAUACCUUUAACCUCCCUCCAAGAAAGCACCAAUAUAUAUUAAUAAUAGGACUCUCAAUUUUAGUUUUGUGUUCUCACAAAAAAGGCAUAGCUAGAGAUAGAGAAUCAUGGAUAACCCUAAACAAACACUUGGGAGUUUCGCAGUGGUAACACUACUCUUUGCUGGGGUUAUUUUGCUGUACAACUGGUCCACCUCUUUCUCCAAUGAAUUAGUGCUAUCCCAGAAGGAACCACUAUGCGAGCAAUCAAAUUCUACCACCACCAAUGUUGAAGCAUAUGGAGAUAGCCUUGACUAUGCUUUGGCCAAAGCCUCAAUGGGAAACAAAACGGUGAUAAUUGCUAUAGUAAACAAGGCAUAUGUAGAGCAAGAUGUAGAGAGUGACACCACCAUGCUUGAUAUAUUUCUUGGUAGUUUUUGGCUUGGAGAAGGAACAAGGUCUCUCAUUGAUCACCUCCUCAUAGUUGCGGUUGAUCAAACGGCCUAUAAUCGAUGCCAAUUUUUGAGGUUGAAUUGCUUCAGAUUAGAAACGGAUGGUGUUGGUUUUGAAGGUGAGAAAAUAUACAUGUCUCAAGAUUUCAUCAAGAUGAUGUGGAGAAGAACUCAAUUCCUCUUGGAAGUUCUCAAACGUGGCUACAAUUUUGUUUUCACGGACACUGAUGUAAUGUGGCUAAGAAAUCCAUUUAUAAGAUUGAGCAAGAAUGAGACAGAAGACUUCCAAAUUAGCACAGACUCGUAUCUUGGUAAUCCUUGGUCAGAAAAACAUCCGAUCAACACUGGAUUUUACUUUGUUAGGUCAAACAACAAGACCAUCUCUUUAUUUGAAACAUGGUAUGGCCAAAAGGACAAUGCGACAGGAAAAAAAGAGCAAGAUGUGCUUCUUGACCUCAUUAGAAGUGGCAUAGUUGAACACUUGGGACUUAGGGUUAGGUUUUUGGACACCCUUUAUUUUAGUGGAUUUUGCCAAGAUAGCAAGGAUUUUAGGGCAGUCGUCACAAUCCAUGCCAAUUGUUGUAGGAGCAUCACUGCAAAGGUGGCAGAUAUGAAGGUAGCCCUACGUGAUUGGAAGAAAUUUAAGAAGUUGGAGGCCAACUCCACAGUAAAUCCCCAAUGGACUAAGCACAAUUGGUGUUGGCAAUCUUGGGGAAGACCUAUCAAAACAAACAGCUAAGCAUCAUAUCGAGUUGAAUGAUAUAUUAUCCAACAUGACCCACAUUUUUUUUAUGUAGUCUAAACGGGCAUAUGCUUUAAUUUUGAAAAGUGAACAUUUGAGCUUUUUUUUUGUGCACUAUUGUGAAGAUAUUAAUAAAUGAAUAGAAAAAUAUUUAUGUUGA